AUGCAACUUAAUGCUGAAUACGCUAGAGAACUAAGGGCAGUGUUCAAGAUUCUAGAGUUUUCAAUUGGUGUUAGUCUCAUAGUAUCAAUAAUUGUUGCUGAUCACUAUCGAAUUACUGUGACUGGUGGACUUUUAGCAUUCUUUGCACUAGUUGGGGCACUCAUAUCACUAUUUUUCUUCGUUAUUCAUCUAUGUGGCCUCAUUUACAAAAUUCGAGGGCCUGUUACACUGAUUGAAUUUAUUACGAUAAAAUUCUGUGCUAUUUUGGCCUUUAUCGCGAUGAUUAUAGCAGCCGCAGCUGGUGGAGGUUCUUCAGCUUCGAUAGCCUCAGCAAUUUUAUUUGCAGUCAGCUUCGUAUUUUACGGCAUUGAUACAUUUAUCUUAUUUUCAUAUUAUCGAUUGAACGGUGGUUACGUGAAUGACCCUAAAAUUAAACAACGUCCUAACAUACCGCCGAAAGUUAACCAGACGUCAGAAGCCAUAGCAGCGCCUGAAUAUCCAAAUGAUGGUUUCGAAAAAGAAUGAAAAUGGUUUCCAAAGCCAUUAACAUUCCAAUCUUUACGAGAUAUCGACUCGGGACUCUAUCGCCUACAGAUUAAAUGUACAUGACAGUAGACAAUAUCCAGAAAUCCAUUUUAUCUGAAACAAAUAUUUUUCUUUUCUAUUCAAAAUACACUAGGAUGACAUAUUUCCUUACAAACAUCAUGAUCUUUUUUUUUCUAUAAUGAUCUGAAGUGAGAAGGAUUUUUCUUUUUCAUAGUCUACAUUAAGCAAUUGCUGUCGUUUUUUGUCUACAACUUAUGUUGUGUACUUUGAUAUAUGCAUUUUGUGUUCAUUUUUUCAUAAUCAGGUCAGUCAUAUUUACAUCUUAUUUAGUUAUAUCACUUACCACGUUUGGAACUUGUUUUCUGAAUAAAAACGUAACUUUGUAUCUCAUGUGAUUCAGAUUAACUAUAAUCAACUAUGAAACUAAUAA